AUGACGCAUGCCAAUCUGAUGAACAACUACUUCAAUGCCAACUCGAUAUACAUAAAAGAUGAUUUCAGGCGUCGCUUCCGGAUGAGACGUCAUGAUUUGGACAAAGCAGGUCGCCCUGGUUUCUCACCUUAUCAGAAGGUUAGAAUGAUGGCCUAUGGUUCCCCAGCUGAUUCGAUGGAUGAAACCCUUGGUAUGUUUGAGUCUACAUACCUUGAUACUCUUGUUGAAUUUUGUAACACAAUUGUUCAGCUUUACAAAGCGAAGUACCUCCGCGAGCCAAAUCAAGAAGAUCUGGAUCGUCUCAUUCUCAAAGCUGAAGACCGUGGGUUUCCGGGCAUGGUAAGGCCAUUAGACUGGAUGCAUUGGAAUUGA